AUGAGUUAUUCGACUUUAUUUCCUGAUAUUUCCAUUUUCGAGGAAGAAGAGAAAGAAGAGAAAGCAGCUGGUGCUUUUAUAGCAACCGAGUGGGGAUUGAAGAAGAUUGGUACUCUUCAAUCACGUCUUGAAUCUUUAGAGUCCAAAAGAGGCGGAAGAAGAUUCUUUGGAGUUAAAUUUGAAUACUCUAGCUUUCUGUCUCAUAUACUAAUUAAUCUAGCCAAUGAAACGUUUGGAUAUGAUGGGUGGUCCUCAGAAAUAUUGGAAUGUAUCUUGGUGAACGCGUCUUGUCACCAAGCUACAGAAAAUUCAGAAGCACGACACUCGGUACACUUUAUGUCAAGGGUGAGAGUUACUCUUCAGGAUGGUACUGUUUGUGACGGUAUGGGGAAAGGUGAGGCGACCAACAUGCCCCAUAAGUAUAUGUGUUAUAGCAAGGCCAAAAAACAGGCGGUGACUGAUGCGAUCAAGAACGCCAUCAUUGGGUUUUAUGAUAAACUUAUACUACAAGAAGUUGGCCAACUAACAUCAGAGAGCGACCCUCUUCUGUUUUUGCAAAAUGAUGUAAGAGUUAAAAUUGAAGAUGAUUAA